AUGGUCGUGCUGGCCAUCAUCCCAGUUUUCACUGGCUUUCUUGGGGUUUGGCAGCUGCGCAGAUUGAAGUGGAAAGUCGAAUUGAUCGAGGAGCUGGAAGACAAGCUCAAGAAACAGCCAGUCAAUCUGCCCAAGGAGCUGAGCUCGGAGCUGCUAGAGUCUUUGACUUUUAGGCUCGUGAAUAUCUCGGGCACUUUUGAUUACUCCAGGGCGAUCUUUCUGGGCCCGAGGGUCAGAGAAGGCCAGGUCGGGUGCAACAUCAUUGUUCCAUUUGCUCGCUCGGGUGGAGGCGGUGAAGUGCUGGUGAAUCGAGGUUUUGUUUCCGACAGAGAGAUCGAGGGCAAAGGUAUCUCAAGGAGACUCAAGGAUGCAGCUACAGUAAGUCAAUACGACGUGCUGAGGUGGCGGAAAUGCAGCGCAAAGGACUGAUGUGAAUGUAUGCGCCUCAGCGGGAGACCAAGGCAACCAUCACGGCCAUGUAUCCGCGCAUAUACCCACCCAACUUCUUCACUCCAGAGAACGAUGGUCCAAAGGGAGCUUGGUAUCAUGGAGACCCCAAGGCAAUGGCAGAUUGGUUGUCUGGUCCUGCCGGAGCGCUUCCGCCUGCGGGUCAGGCGGACACAUUCGCAGCCGAGUCAGAGGACCUGUACACUCCGAGUGCAGGCGUUACAGAAAGCGUCAAGGGCUUGCUAGGUUUGGGUCCAAAAGGAGAGUCUCGCGUAUUGCCAGCGCUUUUCGACGAGAUUUUCAGUGAGUACAUUCGACUUCGUCGUUGAUCAAGACGUGUUCAUUGAAGGAACCGUCUGCCCAUCAACCGCAGCUGGCGAUGCGACCCAGGCUGGGCUCCGAUUGAUGCAAGGUCUGCCAGUAGGCCGCGCUCCAAGUAUCGAGUUGCGCAAUCAACAUGCGGUUUACGCAGGCACCUGGUAAGUUGAAACGUGCCGCUUUUGACGACUCAAGACCUGGAACACUGACUUGUUCAAAACGGCUGCUUGUCCAAAGGUUCUCAUUGUCUGCUGCCACCACAAUCAUGUUUGCAGUGCUGGUCAGAAGGGGGCGCUAA